GUUAUACAGAGGAGCAAUUAGCAUUAGUAUAUCACAAAGGAGUUUAUUUCUAUGACUAUAUCAAUUCUCAUGAUAGGUUUCAGGAGACAGAACUUCCUUCCAUUCAUGAAUUUUAUAGUACUCUUAAAGAUGAAUACCAUGAUCUCUAUCUUAAAACUGAUGUACUUAGUCUAGCAGAUGUCUGGACAGAAUUUCGAAAAAUGUCUAUAGAAUCUUAUAAACUUGAUCCCAGUCACUAUGUUUCUGCCCCAUCACUAUUCUGGGAUGGUAUGCUUAAGAUGUCAGGAGUUAGGAUUGAACUUUUCACAGAUAUGGUCAUGCAUGAUUUUAUCGAAAAAGCUAAACGUAGUGGUAUAUCUAUG